AAGAGAAAAAUGGCAAAUGAAGCAGACUGAGAGAGGAAUCCCAACAGUUUGAACAACACCAUUCUUCUUCUUCUCCUUCUUCAAUCUUCACCAUUGAGAAAUCGCUCUCUCUGGAUCAUCAUCAAAUUCACCAAAACCCUAGUUCUCCAUUGCCAAAUCGCUUUCUGGAUCCAAACAGGUAAAAUCAGUUCAAUUCUUCUCCUCAAUUGAUCCAAUCCGAUCUGGUUGAUUGAUUCUCCCGAUCGCCAUUGCUCGAUCGCAUUCCGAAAUCUGCGAUUUCCAGUGGUUUUGUUCUUCGUUUCAAUGAUUGCUGUUGGUAUAUCGAGUGUCACAACGACGAUGAGAGGGAGAAUUGGAAAAUCAGGGUCAACGAAGCUUGCAAUUUAGCGUGGUGGUUUCGAAUCUCGAGCGAAAUGAGAAGCUCCUCCUCCUGGUUCAACAAAACAACCAGCCCUAAACCACCGCUGAGUUGGUUAAUCAUGAGCCUGAUUACUCUCCUAGCUCUGGUUGCACUUUUGCGUUCUUCUUCUUCUUCAUCAUCUUCCGAUGACAUUGAUUCCGCGGCGCCGCGGAGACCGGCGUCGCUUAUCUACACGAACUAUAGGAGGAUUAAGGAGCGUGCAGCUGUGGAUUAUUUGGAGUUGAGGUCCGGCGGAGGCGCGAGGCAGAAGGAGCUAGAGCUUUGUGGGAAGGAGAGGGAGAAUUUCGUGCCGUGUCACAAUGUGUCUGCGAAUUUGUUGUUGGGGUUGAAAGAAGGGGAGGAGUUUGAUCGGCACUGUCGGGUGGCGACGCCAGUGGAGAGGUGUUUGGUUCGGCCUCCCAAGGAGUAUAAGAUCCCGCUGCGGUGGCCUACUGGUAGGGAUGUUAUAUGGAGCGGGAAUGUGAAGAUUACCAAAGAUCAAUUUCUUUCUUCUGGAACAAUGACCAAGAGGUUGAUGCUGCUAGAAGAGAAUCAAAUUGCCUUUCACUCGGAGGAUGGGUUGAUCUUUGACGGAGUGAAAGAUUAUUCUCGUCAACUUGCUGAGAUGAUAGGGUUAGGAAGUGACACUGAGUUUCAUCAAGCUGGUGUUCGAACUAUACUAGAUAUUAAUUGUGGAUUUGGGAGCUUUGGAGCUCAUUUGUUGUCACUGAAAAUUAUGGCUGUUUGUAUUGCCACGUAUGAGGCAACUGGCAGCCAAGUCCAAUUGUCUCUUGAGAGAGGACUUCCUGCUAUGAUUGGCAACUUUAUUUCACGACAGCUUCCAUAUCCAUCAUUAUCAUAUGACAUGGUUCAUUGUGCUCAAUGCGGCAUCAUUUGGGAUGAAAAAAAAGGAAAGUUUCUAAUAGAAGUUGAUCGUGUUCUUAAACCUGGAGGGUAUUUUGUUUUAACCUCACCAACAAGCAGGCCGCAGGGUUCACGGGAGAAAACAAGAAUUAUAUUGAAUCCAAUUGAAGAGCUGACCCAGCAACUCUGCUGGACUCUUCUUGCUCAGCAAGAUGAGACUUUCAUCUGGCAGAAGGCUGCUAGUGUUGAUUGUUACGCAUCUCGCAAGAAGCGUGCUAUAAAGCUAUGUGAAGAUGAGGAUAAUGUUCAAUCAUAUUAUAAGCCUCUUGUACAUUGUAUAAGUGGGACCUCUAGCAGGCGUUGGAUUGCAAUACAAAACAGAUCCUCUGGAUCUGAGUUGAGCUCAGAAGAACUUAAAAUUCAUGGAGUUCAGCCUGAAGAGUUUUAUGAAGAUACACAAUUCUGGAGAUCAGCUGUGAAGAAUUAUUGGUCAUUGCUUACACCUCUAAUUUUCUCUGACCAUCCUAAAAGACCUGGAGAUGAAGAUCCACUUCCUCCAUAUAACAUGAUCCGGAAUGUUAUGGACAUGAGUGCUAAUUAUGGGGGUUUGAAUGCUGCCCUAUUGGAGGAGAAAAAAUCUGUGUGGGUCAUGAAUGUUGUUCCUGCAAGUGAUUCUAAUGCACUUCCUCUAAUACUAGAUAGAGGUUUUGCUGGUGUUAUGCACGAUUGGUGCGAACCUUUCCCCACCUACCCCCGAACAUAUGACAUGCUUCACGCACAUGGACUUCUCUCACAUCUCACUACUAAGAGGUGCCGAAUGAUAGACUUAUUCUUGGAGAUGGAUAGAAUACUGCGUCCAGAGGGAUGGAUCAUUAUUUCUGAUACAAUGGGAACAAUAGAGAUGGCUCGCACAGUUGCAACACAAGUACGCUGGGAAGCAAGGGUAAUUGAUCUUCAGAAUGGCAGCGACCAACGGCUACUUGUUUGCCAGAAACCAUUUGUCAAAAAAUAAUUGAUUGAGUACUAGUUUAUCUCACCCAUGACAGAUGAACACAAUUUUUUUGCUCUGAGAAUGGAUUUUUGAGUUGGAACAUGUAUAUAUAGAGCUCAGAGCCCAUGACUUCGAUCUUUUCCACAACUGGGUCAGGAUAUUGGAGAAGCUGUAGAUUCUGAAGUGUUUAAGUUCUUUAUUUUUUGUUUGGUCAAAGUGUUUGUAUUAAUUCAUUCAUCUAAUAUCUUGGUCAGCAUUUUUUUUCAUGAUUUCUUUGUCGAUCAUUGGACUUCAGCAUUAAUGUUGAACAUUCAUUAGUUUUUGAGAAAGAAUUUGAAUGACCUCAAAAUUGGAGAGUUAAAUGGAGAAAGUAACAACCUUGCCUUGGUCUACGUGCUUCGUCGGCUAAGGAUAAUCUUCAACCCUAUGUAAUGUAUUGCUGGAAUGCCGCAGGUGCCCCGCUAAGAAACAGGCAUAAGUAUAGCUAUUUAGUUUGAUUAAUCUGCUGGUGGAAAGAAGUUCUGUAAAUGCUCUAUUGAUCUUCAAGAAUCUAUUUUCAAAUUAAUAUUCUGAAGGCAAAGCAUUUGAAAUUAA